AUGUUACCUACUGUGACAAUGGAUGAUUUUUUGAAUUUGGAAGAUGCAUUACGUACACCGGAAAAGAAAAAAUCAUUGAUGGGAUUAUUUAGCAUAAUCACUGCCGGAGACCAUAACGUGAAAGAUUGCAUAGGAAAAAUGAUGAAAUCAGUAAUGGGGAAAUCUGUUGAGCUUGAGUAUUCCGGUACAGGAAGAGUUAUUCAUGGACAGUCAAAGAAAAAUUUCAGUGGGACUAUAACAUACCAAUGCAUAAGAGACAUUUUGGUAGAAAAAUUUGGCAAUACGUUGGACAUAAAGAAACUACCCGGUCAAAUCGGGGUAUGGCUCUCCGGAGCGGGCGAUAGAGAAGGCGGUAGAAAACAAAGAUGGGCCAAUGUUGAUUGUGACGCUUGGCCGUAUAUUAUUAACCAUUCUUGGGCCGAAGUUAUCACUCCAUUAAAUUCCCAUUGUUGGGCCAGUCUUGGUUACCAAUAUUCUGCCAAUGCUGGCGUCCUGGCGACCAAGCUCGGACCAGUGAUACAAACUUUGGGGCCAGGCACCCACCGGAGCUGCUCUCUAGCACCGUUGGUGGUGCACACGGUGCUCACGCACACCAAGCGCCCAACCGUGUCCGUGUGCGCUCCGCGUUCGGCGGUGCUCGGCUGA